AUGUGCAUCCAAAGGUUAAGGUUUGCUCAGGAAAAGCAACAAGCUCUUGCCAAGCAAGAUCGUAGAGAUGUUGCCAAGUUGCUGGCAGAUGGGAAGGAGCAAAAAGCUCACUAUCGAGUGGAGAGUUUGAUCAACGACGAUAUACACAAUGAGUUACUUGAGCUGCUAGAAUUGUACUGUGAGCUGUUACACGCUAGAGUGAGCAUACUGGUGAGCAUCCAAGAUGAAGAGAUUUUGAUCUCUGAGCAUAUGAAUGACGGUAUCAACGAGGCAGUAAGAUCGAUUGUGUACGCGACAGUCCACUGUCCGGAGGUUAAAGAGUUGACUCAAAUGAAGGAGCUUUUGGCUCUUAAGUUUGGACAGGAAUUUUUGAGUCUCAUAGUGGAGGAUCGUGUUGGUGUCCCAGAAAAGGUCUUGAGGAAGUGCUCGCCAACCCUACCGAGUCAAGAUCUAGUGACUUUGUAUCUGAAAGAAAUCGCUCGCACUUAUGCCGUCACCUUUAGUGAACUAGAGCAGGAGGAAACGGAGGAGGAAUCAAGCGACGGUGGAAGCAAAGCAGUAGAUAGCGGCAAAGCUGGGAAAGAAGACGAGAAGAAGCCGAUCGUUGCGGUCGACAACGAUGAAAGGUUCACAGAGGAUGCGGAGCACCCAAUAUCUGUAAGGAAGCCCAAGAAGAAUAGCGAAACAGUUGAAAACGAUCUCAAAAUACCCAAGGCUAUCAAGAAAGACGUGAAAAUCAUUCGCAAGAAGCCAGAAGAAGAUAAUCUGGAUGAACUUAGAAAGAGGUUUGCCGCGCUGCGCAGAUGA